AUGGAAGAGGCGGUUACAUACACCGCUGGCGACACAUCCACUCCACCAGAUCUUCGACUCUUACACUUCAACGAUGUUUAUCAUCUCGAUGCCUUCUCCAGAGAACCGGUCGGCGGUGUCACCCGCUUUCAGACUGUCUGUAACUACUACCGAGACGAUGAACGUUUCGCAGGUCAGCCCGGUUUGGUCACGCUGUUCUCUGGAGAUGCCUUCAAUCCCAGCUUGGAGAGCAGGAGUCACAUGGUACCUGUAUUGAAUAUGAUAGGGACACAGGUGGCCUGUGUUGGCAACCACGAUCUUGACUUUGGCGUUAAACAGUUUCGAAGUCUGGCACGACAAUGCACAUUUCCUUGGUUGUUGGCCAACGUCUUGGAUCCGCAACAUGGCCCGGAUGUUCCUCUCGGAAAAGCAUUGAAAACCAUCAUUCUCACGUCAUCCAAUGGCAUCAAGAUUGGAGUUAUUGGCCUCGUCGAACGCGAGUGGUUGGAUACCAUCAACUCUUUGCCUCCAAACUUGAUCUACAAAUCAGCAUCCGCAACAGCCAUAGAACUGGUGCCAAAGUUGCGGGAACAAGGCGCGGAGAUCAUUAUAGCAUUAACCCACCAGCGAGAGCCAAACGACAACAAGCUCGCGAAAAAGACGCCAGAAGGCCUGAUAGACAUAGUGCUCGGAGGACACGAUCAUUACUACCAACACUCGCUGAUCAACGGGACUCAUGUUCUGCGCUCGGGAAGCGACUUCAAGCAAUUGAGCUAUAUCGAAGCACGACGCCGUCCCAGUGGCGGGAACGGAUGGGACUUUCAUAUUGUCCGACGGGAUAUUGUGUCAGAUAUCCCCGAAGAUGAGAAGAUGAAACAAGUUGUCGACGAGCUGACGGCCUCCCUGAAAGAAAAACUGGAAAAGCCGCUGGGAUAUACUGCUGCUCCCCUGGAUGCGAGAUUUACCACAGUGCGACUUAAGGAGUCCAAUAUCGGCAACUUUGUUUGCGAUCUGAUGCGGGCGCACUACAACGGCGAUUGCUGUCUCAUGGCAUCUGGCACCAUCCGCGGGGAUCAAAUAUAUCCGCCAGGGGUUCUGAAACUCAAAGACAUCAUGAACUGUUUCCCAUUUGAGGACCCGACCAUCGUCAUUCGAGUCACUGGAGCUGCCUUGCUCGCCGCUCUCGAAAAUUCGGUGGGUUCAUAUCCUGCCCUGGAAGGUCGUUUCCCUCAGGUCUCGAAUAUUACAUUCGAAUUCGAUCCGUCACUGCCACCACACCACCGAAUAAAGUGGACCAAGGUCGGCGGUGAGCCAUUGGACCUAGAAAGAAAAUAUGUCCUUGUCACACGAGGGUAUAUGGGCAGAGGCAAAGACGGGUACGACUCUUUGCUUGUCAAAUCGGAAGGGGGUGAGGCCGAGGAAAUUGUCUCCGAAGAGAACGGUAUUUUGAUAAGCAUGAUGCUUCGGCAGUAUUUCAUGUCUUUAAAGAUCAUCGGCAAGUGGAAACACUGGGGCAAAAGCUUGAGCCGGCAUUGGAACGCCAUCCACGAGGACUUGCACGAAACGCACCCGGUGGUGGAGCCGAAUCUCGACAACGGGGACGAAAAUCAGUUGAAGAGAAUCCACAGCAAGACAGGCACAACGACGCCCCUCGACGACUCGGAAGAUGAAAGUGAUCACCGCGUGCGAAGUCAUUCGGAUAUGCUGAGCGAACGAGAAUCUCUGGUUGCAAGGAAGGUGACACGGAAAUGGCGUCGUCUGGCAGGUGUGCGCCAUGAAGCGGGAUGUGUAGAUCCUAUGGGCGAAGGAGAGUUUCAAGUUGACUGGACGAAGGCCAUUGCACCGAGACUGGAGGGUCGUAUUAGAAUGGCCAAGGGCGUGAGGGUGGCACAGAUCAAGUCUUAA